AUCGCCUGCAAUGCCGCGUAACACAUAUUAAUUAUCGCUCAGCUGAUACGUUCUGAUAUAGUAAACAGAGGAAUGUAAGUAUUAGAGGAAUUGGUUUUAAUCAUUUCUUACAAACUUAAUUUCCUCUUCACAAGAAAGAAAAGAAACUAAAGGUUUCACUACUUCGCCGACUCUCAUUCUAACACGAACAAUGAAGAUUGAACACAUCGCUCCAGUAGAAACCAUAUUCUUCAAAAUUGGCUACAGUAGAAAUUAGGAAUGCCAGUUGAUGACUUCAGAUUUGUGAAAACAAAGAAAAGGGGCAAGAGAAACACAGAUACCAGUCCUAAAGUAUUGGUAACUGCAUCUUCUGAGGGUCAUGAAUGCAGCAUUAAUAAAGAAAUUGGUAUAAGGAGGAUAUUAUUGGCCAAAGAAGAAGUUGCAACAUCCGAAUUCUAUUCAACUGUAUUAAUAAAAUUAAACCAAGGACUGAACCAACUUGACUUCUUAGGAGUGAAGAAAGUCGUCUGUUAUGGACUUGGCCACUUUGUGGAGUGUGUGGGAGCUCGCUACCAGUUUGGACUUCUCUUGUGUUUGAAAGAUCAUUUUUCUGCCAGUGUCUCUGUCUUUGAUCCUGUAUUUUACAGUACAGAGAUUGAAAUACUUAGAGAACUAGGGUGUGAAGUUAUCACAGUAAAUGAAGAAGGGAAACACAAACUCUCUCCUGAGAUAGUCACACUGGUGUAUCUGCCACACUGCCCCAAACAAUUGACUAACAACUUCUUAUGGACUAACUGGGGUCCUGAACUGAAAAACUGUAUCAUAUUCAGCAACAGCUUUUCCAAAAUUUUUGAAUCUCAGCCUAAACGUAUUUUGAAUACUAGUGCAGGAUACAUCCUCAAUAUUAUUCCACAUACAAAGGAACUUAGCAUCAAUAAUUCCUUCAGGUACAGAGAUAUAUUUAAUGAUAUUGCUCUUCAUAUUUUCCCACAAGAGAAACUCAGCUCUGUUUCACAGGUUUUUUGGAAUGUGCAUGAAGAACCAAAAUACACUGCGGAUGAAACUGAAUUUAUUACAAAGAAAUUGAUUUCAUCAUUGAAAGUGGAAAACUAACUAUCUGUGGUUAAUUAUAACUCUUCAGCAUGUCACAUAGAGAAAUCGUAAGUACUCUUCGUCGGCUGAUAUCUGAAAUACGUUACA